CUAAUAACGAGCCCUCUGAUUGGUCAAGCGUCUCUCCAACAUUUGUGAAUGGCUUCCUACUGACUUCAGAUGUGAAAUGAUUUAUAAUGUUUUAUCAGCACUUUAGCAGAUGUUGUUGUUUUUAUUACAUGUGACUGGAUUGUAACUGGGUGGAGAAACACCAUGUCUGACACUGAAGGAGGUCGCAGUCCAGACCAGCUGAACAGAUUCAUGAAGCUGACACACAGGCCGCCGCACGGUGAGACGCUAGCAGCUCAUCGUAUGCCCCCCGCCCGCAGUGGGCAUCGCUGCGUCGCUGACAACACUAACCUGUACGUGUUUGGAGGGUACAACCCUGACUACGACGAGUCGGGAGGCUCAGAGAACGAAGACUAUCCGCUCUUUAGGGAGCUUUGGAGGUACCACUUUGCCACUGGCUGCUGGCAGCAGAUUCGAACAGAGGGCUACAUGCCCACAGAGCUGGCGUCUAUGUCAGCUGUUUUGCACGGCAACAAUCUCCUGGUGUUUGGCGGCACCGGGAUCCCCUUCGGUGAAAAUAAUGGCAAUGACGUACAUGUUUGUAACGUGAAGUACAAGCGGUGGUCACUGCUCAACUGUCGGGGGAAGAAGCCCAACAGAAUCUACGGACAGGCAAUGGUCAUUAUAAACGGCUUCUUGUACGUGUUUGGAGGGACGACGGGUUACAUCUACAGCACAGACCUGCACAGGCUGGACCUGACCACCAGGGAGUGGAUCCACCUCAAGCCCAACAAUCCUCCUGACGACCUGCCUGAGGAACGGUACAGGCAUGAAAUAGCACAUGACGGACAGAGGAUCUACAUUCUGGGAGGAGGAACUUCCUGGACGUCUUACCCUCUGGACAAGAUACAUGCUUACAAUCUGGAGACCAAUUCCUGGGAGGAGAUUACAACUAAACCUCAUGACAAAAUAGGGUAUCCUGCUCCUAGGAGAUGCCAUAGCUGUGUACAAAUACGAAAUGAUGUAUUUAUCUGUGGAGGCUACAAUGGGGAAUUGAUAUUAGCCGAUCUGUGGAAGAUCAACUUGCAGACUUUCCAGUGGAGUAAACUACCAGCAGUGAUGCCGGAGCCGGCCUACUUCCAUUGUGCUGCUGUCACCCCAGCUGGCUGUAUGUACAUCCACGGCGGCGUGGUGAACAUCCACGAGAACAAGAGAACUGGCUCUCUGUUUAAGAUCUGGCUGGCUGGGCCCAGCCUGCUGGAGCUCUGCUGGGAGAAGCUCCUCAAGGCCUUUCCCCACCUGACUUCCCUCCCCACCAUGCAGCUGCUCAACCUGGGCCUCACACAGGAACUCAUUGAACGCUUGAAAUAGGCCGCACAGCGGAGGACGGACAAAUGAAUGGAUGGAUGGGACGGGCUGGGCUGAACUUAUGAGGAGAUGAGGUCCGACAGAGCACAGGAUUUAAUUCAUAGCAAAAUUCUCGGGAAAAAACGCCCUCUCCUUCCCCCCCGCCUAACGUAGCCCCGCCUUAAAACCAAAAACAAUGGGAUGCCUUUUUUUUUUUUUUUUUUUGCAGUUUCAGUGAUGAUAAAUAAAAUAAAUGUGGAAUGUUUUAUGGAUUUUACUCAGCCCCCCACACCACCAUGGUUCCUUACAUGAUGCCUUUGUGUCAAGCUAAACAUUAAUUCUCAUCCUCCAAACUGUGACCGCUGGAAAUACUUUAUUUUGCCAUGUCAUGUUUUCAAAGACUGUCCUCCUUCAUUUAAAAAAAAAAAAAGAAAUCUGCCUUCUCUAGUACUUUUAAGAAUUCUGUGCAAAGGAAGAAUGCAUGUGUAUUUAUUUGAAGGACUAAAUCAUUUUUUUCAGUUUUUCCACAUCACCUGAUAUUGCUGUUUGCACACUUUGUCUUACAUAUUUGUGGACAUUUACUUUUUUAUUUUAAUCGAUCCUAUAAGCAGUUUAUCUUCAGUCUAAAAAGUGGCCAAUGACUAUGCCAGUGUUUUUGCACAUUUUAGCCAAUUUAAUUCAAAUCUCAUGUAUAAUUUUCAUUUCUGCUACUAUUGUGUUUUAGAUAUUUUUGUGACUUUCCAGGCAGCCUUUUUAUUUCACUUAUUUCCCUACGGUAUGAAAACUUCCAGAAGCUUCAGACUUGCUUUAUAUAGUCAAUCUCAUUUUUUUUUUUAUUGUUGAAGUCAUGUUAUCCUUUCAUAACCUUGACAUAAAUAAAAGCAAACACUGUAGGAUUACAAAUCUUAAAUUUCAAGUCUUUCUGAGUUGUUUUUAUGCUGCAUGAAUGGAAACCAGUGUCUGCCUGGAGGGAAGGAAAAAACUUUUUUUUUUUAAAGUUAUGGUAUGCCUUGAAAAUGUGGAAUAUGUGUUGUUUGUGGUAAGUUAGCUAAAACAUGCAGAAACACUGUGUACUCUUCAUUAGUGUGUGUGAAGAAAAAGUUCGAUGCUGGGUUUGUCUGAGCCCUUCCUGUAUUUCCCAUCGUACAUUAUGUUACAGCCUAGUUUUGAAAACCGUCUGCAAAAAAAAACUAAAUAACUUCAUUUCCAUCCUGUUUCCUCGCAGCACUCAUUUGUAAAACCAAACCAUGCAACACAUCACUGUGAAUCUGGUGCUCUUUAAAAUUAAUUCAAAAUGCUUUUAUCCGAAUAAAGACUUAAUUCUGUUCAGACUUUUACUCCCUCUCUGUUGAUGACACAAAAUGUUUUGCACAGGGAGUUGCUUUAGUAGCAGGCUUAGACAAACAUUUGUUUGUACUGCAGUGCCUUUUUCAAACUGUUAAUGAGGCUGAAAUUCCACUAAUGUCGGCAGUGUAAGAUCUUCGCAUGUUUAGACAAUUUACGUUGAAAAUUGUGUUUUUAAGUAAGUGAACAUUUUAACCAUUUUCAACAAGCCGUUGCAUUUAAUCACUCAACAUCUCGGUGGCAAUUUAGUAUCCUGUUUCAAGGAUGCAGAGGCUUUGUAUUCUCUUCCUGUUAAUGUCCACACACAGUAGACAGGAAGCAGCAUAUUGGGGCCUUUUGGGUAUUAAUCCGAAAAGCACUUAUUCAACGUGUCAAGUUAAUGUGUUCAAUACAGUUCCUGUGUUUAAUUAAUGAAGUUAACAGAUGCCAAAUAAUGUCGCAACUUGAACAAAGUGAUGCUUAAUGAGGAAUGAGAGGUUAAGGUGGAUGGGAUGUUGCCCUGUGGUUUGAUCUGCCUGCACUUUCUUUACCAUGCCCCUCUUAUUUCUGUUCUGCAUAACAAACUACUUUGUGCAUGAUGUCAUUACCUGCUUUUUAUAUUAACCUCAUCAAACCUUUACUUUGGGGACAUAGUUUUAAAAGGUGACCACUAAAAAUGUUGUACAGUUGGCUUGCGUGAAUGUUGUGUUGGAGUACCGUCAAUAAAAGUGUUCUGUAAAUAGC